CCGUGGCUGCACUCAAAAUGCGGGAGAGGAAGGCGGCUGUGCCGGUGGCACAAGGAGCGAAGCGGAACAUUGCCAGAGGAUGGUGAGGGCUGCUCCUGAGGGAGCCUGGAAUUCCUCGGGGGAGGAGCCUUCCCAGCGCUGUCCCGAAGGAUGGAGAAGAGGAAAAUCCUGAUGAAGUCCAAGGUUGCUGCUCCCAACCUCCUGAGGGCUCUGCAUUCCCUGUACCGGCUCGGGCACCUCUGCGACGUGACGGUCCUCACCCAGCACCUGGGAAUUCAGGAGGAAUUCCUGGCUCACAAAGCCGUCCUGGCAGCUUCCAGCAACUACUUCAGGGGGCUUUUCCUGCACCAGGAGACGCUGGACGCCCAGAAGUGCACGGUGACCCUGCAGGACAUCUACACCGAGGAGUUCACCUCCUUCCUGGAGUUCGUCUACACGGCAGAGGUGGAGAUCGAGGCGGGAAAGCUCCAGCGGAUGAAGGAAAUAGCGGAAAGGCUGGAAUGCAAGGAUUUGCUGGACAUCUGUGAAGAAGUGAAGGCAGAGGGCAGGAAGGGCUUGGAUUUGAGCCUCCGCCUGAAGGGGCGGAGGGGUGAGAACGGGGGAUCGCAGUGGCCUGGCAUCCAGCAGGAGGAGAACCCCAGGAACUCCGCCCAGGUCGUGGCAAUUCCCAUGCAGAGGAAACUUUGGGAUAGGCAGAAGCAUCAGGAGCUGCUGCCGGAGCUCAUGGGAGGCCAGGCGGGAGGCCUGGAGCGGGAGGCCGCAGCUUUCCCAGCCCCCAAAUCCAGGCCGGCAAAGCUGCCCAAGUGCAACGAGACGCGUUCCCCAUCGGGACUGGGUGUGGCCGUCAGCAGCCUGGAACACCAGGAUGGCCGUUCCCUGGGCGAGGGGCAGGAGCGGAAGCGGGAAUGCCAGGCGUGUCCCUACUGCGACGAGGCCAUCGGCUCCGAGCGCGGCCGGACGCGCGGCGGGGACGGGCCCUACCGGGGCUUCGCCCACCGGGCCGCCUGCACCUCCCACCUCAGGAAAAUCCAUGAGUCUGGGCAAGAGAGGAAACUCCUGCCUGUCUACUGGAUGGUGGUUCCACCUCCACACGGCCCAAACCCCACAAGCCGUAGCAGAGAUCCCGACGGAGAGACUCGGGAUGGGACACCGGAAACCUCGGGGCGCGAGGAAGACCCCGGGAAUUCCUCCGUUGCUGAAGCAGAAAGGAGCAAGGAGCAAGAGGAAUCCCAGGAAGCUGAAGGAGGGAAUGAAGAUGAAGGUGGAAUGAGUGUGAAGGGCGAGGAGCAGGGAGAAUACGACGCGGGAUACUCGGAAGUUGAAGGAAGCAGAGACAACAAGGAAUGUCACCAGGAGGAGGAGGAGGAGGAGGAGGAGGAGGAAGCCUCAACAGAGAAGGACAGCAGCGAACCCGAAGCGGGGUUCAAGCUAAAGAAGGCCGGUAAAAGCGUGGCCAACAAGAAAUCCCUGUGCGUGAUCCAGUGCGACAAGUGCCAGAAGCAGUUUGUUUCCCGGAAGCAGUACGUGGAUCACUGCCGGGACGCGCACCAGAGCCUGCCCGGCAAGGCCUACCACUGCGAGCUGUGCGGCAAGGCCUUCGCCAGCUCCACCAGCUGCAAGGAGCACCGCGCCUGCGUGCACAGCGAGGAGAGGAGGUUCUCCUGCGGCCUCUGCCAGGCCACCUUCAAGAGGAAGCGGGAUGUGAGGAGCCAUUCCGUGCGGAAGCACGAGGGCAGGGCCAAGCGGCCGCUGUGCUCCGUGUGCGGCAAGAUGCUGAGCUCCCGCACGGCGCUGGUGCUGCACAUGCGGACGCACACCGGCGAGAAGCCCUACGAGUGCGCCGUGUGUCGCUCCAGGUUUGCUCAGCCGUCCCAGCUCAAGAUCCAUACCAGAUCCCACACCGGGGAGAAGCCCUACAUUUGUGAGGACUGCGGCGCUUCCUUUGCCGACAGAGGAAAACUCACCGGCCACAAAAGGACACACACAGGAGAGCGGCUCUUCGGGUGCGACGUGUGCGGGAAGCACUUUGCCACCAACGAGUACCUCAAGUGCCACAAGCGCUGCCACCUGGGAGCCAAACCCUACAGCUGCCAGGUCUGCGGGAAAACCUUCGGCCUCAGAGCCUCCCUGGCCCAGCACAGCAACGUCCACGCAGAGAGGCGUCCCUAUUUCUGCGAGCAGUGCGGCAAGGCCUUCACGCAGCCGGGAGCUCUGCGGCGCCACCAGCGCAUCCACACCGGAGAGAAGCCCUACAAGUGCCGGGCCUGCGACAGAACCUUCACCGACAUGUCCACCCUGCGCCGGUACGCGGCGAUCCACGACCGCAACGCUCACUGGAGGAGCUUCUUGAUCGACCUCACACAGAAAAAACACCACAACUGGUCCAAGAUCGAGACUUUGGCGGAGGCGCAGCCGGGACGGGAUCCCACGCCGGGAAUUUGCUCGCUGGACCACGGGCAACUUCACAAACCACAAAGGGCCAAAGCAGCGGCAGCGGCAGCAGGCGUGAGCCCCGGGCCUGGGGACAGCGGCGGCGCUGAGCCCUCCCUUUUGUACUUAUAAACUCCUUUUUAGCCCCAAAACGGGCGCUUCGAGGUGGGAACUCUCCUUUGGGAUGCAGGGAGCCGUUCCCAGCGCUCGGUGUGACCUCGGGAGCGGCAGCGUUACAGGUGCUGAAGGGGUAAUUUAGGUAAUUUAGGUAAUUUAUCCUCCUCGGGAGGGUUUUUAUUCCACGGAAACCUUUGCAGCCGUCCGGAGG